GAAAUAAAAGCAACUUUCUUUACUCAAAAGUGAUGCUACAUAGUUUACCUCGGUGGGGAUUACCAUUACGACGCAUCAGCCGACAUCCUGUUAUCAGGACUCGUGCAGGCCAAAAGCGUUACUUAUCCUUUAGCAGACGCCUUUUCAAUGAAGAAAAUACUUAUGAUAAAGCUUCUGGAGCCUAUCAGCGGAUGAGGAGCGCGGAUUUAAACCAGCAGCGGUAUCAGAAUCUGGGGAGUGUUCUCGAUCGACUGCCGCGAGGAUUACGAGAACUGCUGCUUUGGUCGCCUUUCUUGUGGACGCUUUACUUUGUUCUGAAGCAGCAGCGUCCGUACUACCUUGACGAGGAGGAGUCUUUUAAGGAUCUUUUUAAGAUAUGGUGGAAAAAUAGGGUAUCUCUUACUACCUUCCUUAGCCUUGCACCGAGUCCAACGACACCCAAUAGUCCCUCCUUAACAUCUACGCGGGAGCUACAUGUGGGAUGCCCGGUGGUGAUGCAAAAAAUCCUCGUGCACUCCCUUGUUGACGACUUGAAGGAAGGUGCGACUAAUAAGGUAAGCUCUCCACCUAUAGCACCCUUCUCUAGCGUUAUGUGGGCAGUUCAAGACAACAUGCCGGCUUCUACAAAGGAAAAAAAGUGUUCUGGAUCUGCCGCCGUACAGGAGGCGCUGUUAUCGAAGGAGGGCAAGAGCGGCGCAGUUAUUUCUGGAAGUGAAGGUAGGAAAGAUUCAAAGAAGAUGGAGGGUGAAUUUUGUGAGGAAGACAACGUUUGGGGUAAAACAUUACAUGUGCGGCGAGACUCACUAACAGGUGAUGUAGUCGGGUACACAGUACAUGCAUGAGGCUUUGAUUUUUCUUGCCUUGCCUUU